GAUGAGCGGAGUCAACUCCUUGUCACAAAAAUGCAUAUGUAAGUCUAGGUACUCUGGUACACACCCUCCCAGCUCUGGUUAGGGGACCUAGUUGAUUCCAGGUUGUUGGGCGUGCGCAAGGCUGCCCGUUGACAGGCAAAGUGACGUAGAGAGGCCCAACGACCUGGAAAACGUCCAUCAACCACGAGCGGAAGAUCUCCCGCACCUCGGUCUAGAUUUGGCCCCUGAUGCGAGGCUGGGGAAGAGCGUUGAUUCGCAGGCCCACCUAGAUCGUGAGACAAAAUGAUUUUCGAUCGCAACGGACCGCAGUCGGACUCAGCUCCACGCGCGGUAGCGGCCUAUCACGCUACUGUCUGGAGGGCACGGCCGCAAACCUUAACUAUACGCCGUUUCGUUAGGACUUGCCUCGUGCAUCCUCCGCGCUGCAGGCCAUCGUGACUAUUUGACAUGCAGGUUGCUGCAAUGUUUCUCGAUCGUUACCUCUCGCGUUCGUCAACACCAUGUUCGCUCGAUACAAGCUCGUAGCGUCAAGUGACCAGGCUUCGGAACAUGGCCCGCUUCCUCCCUCGACGCACAGACGACUCUACCCGACGAUAGCACUUGUAUUGCUUACAGUUGCCAAUGUCUGUGUACUGGGCUUGUCUAUUGCCAUAUGGCGCACUGCGGGUGUGGCCGCCACGGUCACCCCGGAGGUUUCUUCCACACCCACCCCCACCAGCCUUGCAUUGCCCAACGCCCUCGAUCCACAACCCAGCGAACUUGCUAGGGUAGAUUCCCUUCCCAUCGCGUUCGUUCCCUUCCAUUGGAAUACGCCAUGGGGUGCGCCCAAUGCUUCGGAUGCUGAUCCGCUGUGGGACAACAUCAACACUGCGCAUGGACAUAUCGCAGUGGACCAUGAGUUCGCAGCGGAGAAUCACUGGCCUCCUUCUAUGGACAUACCUGGAAUGCCUGGUAAAGGGAUGUAUCUUCUCCAAGCCUACCAUCAGCUUCACUGCCUCCGCAUCGUCCGCGCCUCGUAUGUAGCCUUACACCGCCAAGAGGUACCUCCCUUUCCCACGCAUCACGCCCUGCAUUGUUUUGACGCCCUGCGUCAACACAUUAUGUGUCAUGCGGAUAAUACUCCGCUCUAUGGGCACGGUGAUGGCAUGGCUGGUAACGGACAGAUGCACCAAUGUAGGGACUGGACCUCGCUUAGAGAUUAUGCAACGAAGAACACUGCAUGUUUCCGCGACGGCGUACCUGGCAUGAGUUUGGAGGAUCAUUUCGGUGUCUGCGAUGACGGAACUGAUGGUUUGGAGGAGCUGGUCUCAGUGACGACAGAGACAUAAUAUCCAAUAUUUCCGAUUAACAUGGUUCUUUCGAGCAAUAUCUUCACUAUGCAUAUCACCUA